UUUGCUCUCUGCCAAUAGUGUAAGGAGAAAUAAGUUGUGCUUUGAAUUUUAACCGCUGGAAGACAAAUCAAAGAGUGGGUUGGUUAGAAGUGUUGUCGCGGACAACGCCCACGGAUGUGUCAGCGUGACCCCAAAGUUACUAUUUUGGGCUGAUAGAGAAUACACAAUAGUGCGCGGUGGGCUUUGCGUCAGGCGGCGCGCUCACUCACUCUGCGCAUUUCUGGACAGGUUCAGUCGUGAGCGCGGAAACGGCACAUCAUCGAGGAUUCAUUCUAUGGGAGCCAUCAAAUUGAUUAUUGUCAGUCAUUGAGACCUAUUUGAGCACACUCGCAUCUAAUUCUCACUCUUCGACAUCCAGAGCACAAACCUUCAUUCUCCACACCUGUAUCAAGCCAAAGGGGCAGUUAUUGUGACCUCCAUUCUGCCCUGCUCCUCUUUCACACCUUUAAUUGUUGGGAUCACCACAAUACGGCACAGCCAUGCCCAAAAGCAGUAAAGUGACUCAGCGCGAGCACAGUAAUGAGCAUGUUACAGAGUCUGUGGCCGACCUCCUGGCGCUGGAGGCCCCCAUGGACUACAAGAGCAGCCAGAUGAGCAUGAACAUGACAGGAGGGGGCCCUCCGCCCAUAGGCAAACCAGACAUCUCCCCCGACCUGGAAGACGGUCGACCUGCCUGGAACAGUAAGCUGCAGUACAUCCUGGCCCAGGUGGGCUUCUCGGUGGGCCUGGGUAACGUGUGGCGUUUCCCUUAUCUUUGCCAGAAGAACGGAGGAGGUGCCUACCUUGUUCCAUACUUCAUCCUUCUUAUUCUUAUUGGCAUCCCACUCUUUUUCUUGGAGCUGGCGGUUGGCCAGAGGAUUCGUCGAGGGAGCAUUGGAGUGUGGAAUUAUGUUUGCCCACGACUCGGUGGCAUUGGAGUGUCCAGCCUGAUGGUGUGUGGUUUUGUGGGUCUGUAUUAUAAUGUGAUUAUCGGCUGGAGCAUCUUCUACUUUUUUCAGUCGUUUCAGUAUCCUCUACCCUGGAGCGAAUGUCCCAUCAGGAGGAAUGGCAGCCAAGCCUUUGUGGAGCCUGAGUGUGAGAAGAGCUCAGCAACCACGUACUUCUGGUACCGCGAGACCCUGAACAUCACCAGCACAAUCGCAGACAGCGGGGGUCUGAACUGGAAGAUGACUUUGUCGCUGCUGGCAGCCUGGAUAAUUGUCUGCCUGGCUGUAGUAAAGGGCAUUCAGUCUUCUGGGAAGGUGAUGUACUUCAGCUCACUCUUUCCAUACGUGGUGCUCUUCUGCUUCCUAGUGAGAGGAAUAUUUCUUAAAGGAGCAGUAGACGGCAUUGCUCACAUGUUCACACCCAAGCUGGAGAUCAUGUUGGAGCCGCAAGUAUGGCGUGAAGCUGCCACACAGGUCUUCUUUGCUCUUGGUCUGGGUUUUGGAGGUGUCAUCGCUUUUUCCAGUUACAAUAAAAGAGACAACAACUGUCAUUUUGAUGCCGUGCUGGUCUCCUUCAUCAACUUCAUGACCUCUAUACUGGCCACACUCGUGGUGUUUGCUGUGCUGGGCUUCAAAGCCAACAUCAUGAACGAGAAAUGUGUUGUGGAGAAUGCUGAAAAGAUUCUAGGCUACUUGAACUCAAAUGUGCUGAGUCAGGAUCUCAUCCCCCCUCACGUCAACUUUUCCCACCUCAGCUCGUCGGACUAUGCCGAGAUGUACGGCGUAAUAAAGAUUGUGAAAGAGGACAGUUUUGAGCAGCUGGGGCUAGAGCCGUGUCUGCUGGAGGAUGAGCUCAAUAAGGCUGUUCAAGGCACUGGUCUGGCUUUUAUUGCCUUCACAGAGGCUAUGACCCAUUUUCCUGCUUCUCCCUUCUGGUCUGUCAUGUUUUUCUUUAUGUUGAUAAACCUGGGCUUGGGCAGCAUGAUUGGCACCAUGACUGGCAUUACCACACCCAUUCUGGAUACCUUCAAAAUUCGCAAAGAGGUGCUCACAGUGGGCUGUUGUAUUGUGGCCUUUUUGUGCGGCUUGCUGUUUGUCCAGCGUUCAGGGAACUACUUUGUCACCAUGUUUGAUGACUACUCUGCUGGUUUGCCCCUCACUAUUGUGGUGAUCCUGGAGAAUGUAUCUGUUGCCUGGGUCUAUGGCACCAAGAGGUUCAUGCAGGAUCUGGAGGACAUGCUGGGUUUCAGACCGUGCUUUAUUUACUUCUACCUGUGGAAGUAUGUGUCUCCAGUGUGUCUGAUCAUACUGAUUUCUGCCAGUGUUGUAGAGAUGGCCAUCAGCCCUCCAGGAUACAAUGCAUGGGUGCAAGACCUGGCCAUGGAGAGGUUUCAGGGUUAUCCUCCUUGGGCACUAGCCAUGUGUUUUGCUCUGAUCGUUGUGGCCAUGCUUCCUCUUCCAUUGGUUUUUAUCGCCCGUCACUUUAACUGGCUCCCAGACGGUUCCAACAAGCUGUCCGUCUCCUACCGUAAGAGCCUGGCAAAGGAGGCUUCCAACCUGGAAGAUGAGACGAGGUUUAUCCUCGGAAAGAAUCCCAGCGAAGCCCCUUCUCCCAUGCCCAGCCAUCGGGCCUAUCUGGGCCCCGGCAGCACCUCUCCCGUGGAGCUCAUCACCAACUCUACCUCCAUCAGCGGCUAUGGCAGCGGUUACCAGACCAACCCCGCCCCUCCCAAAUCUGAGUCCUGAUCCUCCAACCCACCACCCAGAGACUGAGAUGGAAAGAGAAAGAAGAUGCUGAACAGAUGAGAAGGUCCUAGUGUUGGUCACACCUUAACCCAAGCCAUCCAGAGGAGCAGGACCACAAGAAAACGAACAGAAAGACACAGAGAUCCUUCCGUAUUCCCUGACUAGACAGCUUCCCCUGGGCCCAAUUAUUCAUACAGACUACAGAUGUUGGUCUGAAGGUGAAAGAGAGCCUGGAGCUUUCAGAUCAGUGUGUAAGGUGGCUUAUUUGGUAAGUUGUUUUUGCAUAUAGAUAAAAAAAUGUCAACUCUAAGAAGGUAAUGAAAACAUUCAAGCUGCAGGUUUGGUCUCUGUCACUGGUUUUGGGGCCAUAGGGGUGGGUAACACAUCCCUCUCUGUGAGUGCUGUAGUGAUACUUGUCACUCAGGUUAAGGUGUUACCAAUGCUGCUGAACUUCAGACAUCUUACAAAAUACGCAAGAUAAAACAUGCCAUGCGAGGAAUUUAAUUUAACCCCACCUUUAGUGAUCAUAAAGAUAGAUGACUUAGAGGGGCUCAGAGAAACUAAAGCUUUCACUUAUUAUAAUGAGUCCUCUAAUGGAUAUUAUGUAAGUGUCACUGUUAAAUACAGACCGCCUGACAAUAGAGUGAAUUGAUAGCUUGAUUUCUGUUACAGACUGAAGUACGUGUUCAUUUGAUAAGUGUUCUUGGUUAUAGACUUGGCACAUCAACAGUCUGUCAUGUCCACAUCUCAGCACAGGUGGGCGACAUAUGUAUUCAUACACAAAGCACAUACUGUAGUCUCAGUGCAGUAUCAAAUAUAUACAGUAUCAGUGUCAAGUCAGGCUGUUUUUGCAACUGGAUUUAUCUGAUGUUCUUUUUUGGAAAGUUUUAUCUAGAUGUUUUUCAUUUUUAUAAUCUUAACAAAUAUGACUGCCUGAUUAGAGGUGACUUUCACACAGCACAAGGAAUGACAUUUCCAGUUUGCAAUAAGGGGCACAAUUUGAGCCAAGUAACUCCACCAAGCACAAUAACUAUAACUUUAAAAUUACAAAUGAACUGAACAUCAACAAAUAUUUCAUUUUAUUUCCAUGUCUGCAAUGGCAGUAAUAUAAAUGAUAUGAUUAGCUGCCAUUUUAAGCUUUACUCUGCACCGCAGUUCUAAACCAGUGGAGAAAUCUGCAUUAGAUGGUUUCUGUUUUUACUGAAAGUUAUCAUGCUUGGUGGAGAUUACAAUAAGUUCCAAAUAGGGAAUGGUACUGAAAUCUACUUUGUUUUUAAACUUCAAACCACAAAACAUGUAAAUGUUUAAAUUGUGUUUGCUUAUGAUUUACAAAUACCUAUCUCAGAUUAUUUACAUAUAGUGAGUUUACUGCACAGAGAAGUGUUUGGCCCUUGUUUUCAAAACUUGCUGUCCUGGGGCCAUAUUACAGACACACAUUCUCGUCAUGGCCACGAAACAGAUAAGAUGUGUUUAAGUUGGGAUUCAUUUUUCUGUAAUACGGCUGAUCUCUGGAGUAUGUGUAAAAUACAUUAUGAGGUCAUCUGUGUGGAUUUCAAUCUGAAAUUGUAAGAAUUCUUAAAAAAAAGCCACACAUAUAAUGGCCUCAUAAUUUCACACAGAGAUAUAUACGCUAUUGUUCAAAGUUUUGUAGUCAGUAAGAUUUUUUUUAAAGAAAUUAAUACUUUUAUUCAGCAAGGAUGCAUUAAUUUUAUCAAAAGUGACACAAAAAGACAUGAAAAUAUAUUAUUAAAAUAUAAAACUAUGUUAAAAUUUAGUAUUUCACAAUAUCACUGUUUUUUUUUCGCCAAAUAACGCAUCCUUGGUAUGCAGAGGGUGCUUCUUUCAAAACGUUUAAAAAAAAUCUUAACGACCCCAAACUAUUGGACGGUAGUGUAUAAAUAUAAUAUAAUAUAAUAUAAUAUAUAUAUAAGCCUCUUUGCAUAAUAUUUUUUGUAUUUUUUCUCUCUAAAAAAAAUGGCAUUAUAAAAAAAGCAGGCUCUGAAAAUUAUAAAUGGUAAAAUAUGUUUUAAAAAAGAUUAAUGUAAAUCAACCUGAUAUGGAAAAGCAGUUGAGUAUAUUUAUAAGGUAAUAUGUUGAGCUGGAAGAAGAGGACCAGUUUUCUUAAGGAACCAAAGUAUAGUCUUGGUUUGUGUAAUGUGUAGUCCCUUUAUGUGUAGUGAAUACUGUGAAGACUGCCUAAUGUAAUUGAGAAUCGCUGCCCUUAAAAGCUCACUGCCGAAUAAUCUGUAAGCCUAAACAUACUCUCCUUUUUAGUCUGGUUUAUGUGCUUUUAACAGAUACUCUGGUCUUAAUGAAAGGGGUACAUUUUCAGUAUUUAUUCCAGUAAGAAUAGAUUCAGGGAGCAGAAGAGGGCUGGAGAGCCGAGGAAAGUGUGAAGAAGAGUGGGACAGGAGUUGUGGGUCAUAUUGAAACACUGAUGAGUACAACGGCGAAGCUUUUGAUCAUCCAGCUGCGUGUACCUUUCGCGUCUAUCACAAAAGCUGCUGUGAUAAAAAUAGACACUGACUAGGCUGGUUACCCAGGGGAACCUGUGUCAGAAACAGCACGGCUGCAUGUUAAUGAGUCCUCCUUGAGGCGGCGGGGGGGGGUGCUCAAGAUGUUCCUAUGAGGGCCUUGUGGUAUCCCUAGCAACCAUUGCAUUUCACAACAACAAGGGGGAAAUUAUUUAAGGGGAAAGUUCACCUAAAAAUUAUGCUUUUAUUCUUUUAUCAUUUACUCCUCAUGUUGUUCCAAACCUCUAUGACUUUCUUGCAUCCAUGGACAGAAAAUAUGAAUUGAUUUAUGAAUAUCCUGGUCACUUUUUUUCUUUUCAAUGAAAGUGAAUUGGGACUGGGACUGUUAAGCAUAAAAAAGACAAAAAGCACCAUAAAAGUGGUCUUCUCAAGUCAUACAAUUGCUUUGUGAAAGAAAUGUAAGUAAUUAUUCACUGACAAUCUUCGCCUCCAUUGUAGUGCUUCAUUCAAAUGUUGGAGCUUGACAGCUCCAGUCCCCAUUCACUUUCACUGUUCACACUGAUUGUUGCAUACAUUCUUCGAAACAUCUUCUUUCUGUGUUUUACAUUUGAUGUGAAGUCACAUGGGUUUGGAGCAACACGAGGGUGAGUAAAUUAUGGCAAAUGUGUUUACGUUUUUAUGAGAAUUUUCUCUUUAUGAGCCCACAAUUUACCUACACUAAGAUAUAUUGUGUCUUCAUUCAUUGAAAGCAAAUUAGGAGGUUAGAAGUAUGUGAAGACAUCCACCUAGACAAGAAUUUCUAACUAGUCUGUUGUGCAUUGACUCUGCCCUAAUCACACAGUCAGAUGAGAUUGUCAAAAGAGCACAUUGAUACAUAAAUCAGCACAGAUAUUAGACAGUUUUACAUGCACAAUUUGUUUGUAGUAGUUUAUAGUUGUCCAGUGUGUGGUAAAGUACAAUAAUGUUAAUGUAUAUAACCUGCAAUAGCACAAGAUUGUCCACAAGGUGUCGCUGUUUGCUGUUGAUUAAUGUGUUGAAGGCGUGUCUCUACGUGCCCAGCCUCAUCUCUGAGAUGAACAUCCCCCCACCCCACCGCUGAGCACAGCUGGUGCCUCUCAUUAUCGCUUGCACUCUAAUGAUUUAUGUGAAACAUAUAUUGUUUGUUUUGUUGUUGUUCGCUUGUGGCAGUUUUGGGUUUGUGCACUUUACCUUCUCUCGACAAGAGGCCCCAGAGCUGCACCUCACAAGCACAAAACGACGCUAGGAUUGUUUUAAUAUCUACACUGACAAACAGAUGCAACUUGAAUUGGUUUAUUAAGGGGGGGGAAAUUAAAAGCCAGUCAAGCAAAAUUUGAACUUGUGACUCCUUGCACUGAAUAAAAAAUAUUUCUCUCAGCCACAACAGCUCAUAUUCAGACUGAAAUCCUAGGUAUUCAACAGCACCAAGUUAUUAACAAGAAAAGAGGAGAGUACAGCUCUCCAAUUAAAAUCUCCUCUGAGAUUUUGAGCUUGAAUAUUAAAUACUACAUCAAGGACCGUCAGCAGGGGGUCAGUGACCACUAGGAGGUCCACAUCGAUACUGCAGGCCAAUUAUUUCACAAAACAAAACAAAAAUGCAAUAUUAAGUUAACUUCAACCAAAGCUAAAGCUAAGAAUCUAAAGAUAAAUAAUUCAUAAUCCUGCCCACAUUAGACACUUUACAUUACGGUUUUGUGCAUAAUUUCAGAUGACAAUUUAGUACAGAUACAAAUUAUUAUUUAAAUAGCCAAGGUUACACUUCUUUAUAUUUAAUAAACAAUCAGAACCACAAAAUAAAAAGAGAACUGUCUCUAGCUGAUAUUUGUUCCUCAUUCAUAAUCAUCUGCACUCCUCAGACCAAGAUUGGUGAACCUUCUGACCUCCCAACAAUAUUUGGAAAGACAAUAUAAAUGAACAGGGAACAAAGCAGUCGAUUAGCACAAAGCCAAGCACAACAUUUGACAGCAGAUUUACGUACACUCAAAAAAAUGAAUUGUUGGGAUUUAAAAAGCAGCGUCAGGUGGUUCCACACAACUAUAUUGAGUAAUUUGUACAAAUAACAAUUUAGUUGUAUGAACAAAAGAAAUUCAAGUAAAGCUGACAAAAUUUCUUUAAGUAAAUACAAUUCAUUUGAAUUUGCCACUGUUACAUAAUAUUUAUAUGUGAAGUUUACUUAAUAAUGUUAUGUUAAAUUUAUAAAAGUUUAUUAUGAAAAGUGAACACAUUUAUUGACUUAAUUUCCUUAUUAAAUUAACUAUUUGCUCUAGAAAAUGCACUCAAAAAAAUAACUUGAACAAACUCAAUUUAAUUGAGAGCAGGAAUUCCAUCUUAUAAAUAUGUAUAUGAGGCUCACAGCCUAAACAGGCGCCACUCUUCUGCAUAAUGGUAACCAAACAAUAAAAAAUAAAACACUACAGAAACUCCAAUGCUAUCUCACAACCAAUUCGUACAUUUUCACGAGGUGGCUGAUUCAGACGAAUUCGUACGAUUUGUCUAAACCCCAGUGACGGGUAGGUAUGGGGCAGGGUUAGGGGUAGGUAAUUCGUUUGAAUUCAUAUGAAUUUGGCAAUAGUAAAAUAUGUACAAUAUAGCAAAAAAUUUACAAAUUCGUACGAGUGAGGUCAUACGAAUUAGCCACCUUCCACCUCCUUUAAACUCCUUUAAAUGUCCAACAAAACUGAACAUUAAACACUGACAUAAACUAACAACAUCUUUCCCUUUACCGAAAAACAUAUAAAAUAAAACUUAAAUCCCUAAAUUUUCUCUCCUAAAGCAGUCCCUUGCAAAGCAUGCUAGGAACUACGGAUCCACUGCCCAGUUAGUGAUGUCAACAUUAAUUUGUGUGUUUCACUCAGAAAUGUUAAGUUGACUGAACAAACACUUAUUAAGUAAAGCUGACAAUACUCAUUUUUAGUAGAAACAACUUAGUUAAAUUAAGUUCAUGUAGUUACAUGAGUUUUUUAAGUAAUGUGAACAAGGAUGGUUUGAGUGAAACUAACAAUAAUAAAAGUUCAUUUUUUUGAGUAAAACAUGCAUUAGCAAGCACAUGUGUACAAGCAUUAAAAUGCUUACUAUGACUUUUUGGGCUGGGAAGCAAUAAUCAUAAUACUCACUUUAUACUCCUCUGAGAUGAUAAGCACACUCCUCUCUCUACAUAAUGGUCACAGGUAGUGGUAAUAGAUCACAAUUGUACAUCCUGCUGUGAUGAAAUGGAGUGGUAACACAUUAAUACAUAAUUGCAAGUGCUCUCUGUUCAAAUAGCAUGUGUUCACUACAAUCUUUAUAGAUAUUGAUCAGACUCAACUACUGAGGUUAAUUCACUAAAUGUUGUCGACAAUCUGGAAUCAUGUGGCUCUUGUUCAUCUUUUUGAAGCACAGACACAAUUGCACUUUUAAUUUGCUCUGAAAACAAUGAAAACUGCAGCUCUGGGACCUCUUGAAACGAAGUUCAUUAUAGCGUAAACAUUGAGCCAUAUUUUAGUCGACUGCAACUGAUGAAAUGUACAGCAAGCAUCUCUUCCUUUUUUCAAGAGGUGCUGAAGGCCAUAAUGUUUGUGAGCAAAGUGCUAUACUGUAUAUUUAUGUACAUUGUGAUUCUGAAUAUUAUAUCUGUAAAUAUCAGUGUACAUUUUGUUAAACGACUGGUGAGAAAUCUAUGAAAGGCAAACAGGUGAAUUCUUGUAACACUGACGUGUAUGAUAUUGUUGUACAGUUAAAACGUAGAAUAUUUAACUAUUUUGUACAUUGUGUAAUAGUGUUGUGUAUGGGAGUAGUGUCUGUUGUCUCAAGUGUGUGUGUGUGUGUGUAUAAAAAAGGCUGUUUUAUUUUUGCUAUUGUGAUGUUGUGAGUCCCUAACCUCCUAAGAUUCACCUCCAGGUGUGAGUUUUGAUUCCUCUGUGAACAUGACUCGUUCAUUUGUGUGUUCACGCCGCAAAGAUUGUUGGUUAGCACACUAAACUGAAGUGUUCUUUUACGCUUUUAAUGUAAAUGUUGGUUUUAAUUCAAUGUAGACGUCAGCUUAUCAUACAGACAGCACCUUCUGUACGCUCCUCUGGCCUUAGUAUCCGCAAUAUUAUCGUUUGCUGCUUCUAGGUUUUGUCAAAAGUCAAAAUGUUCACGCACUUUUUACGUUUUUAGUCUGACUAUAUUCAACGCAAUCAUUGUUAGUAGUGUUAGGUUACUGUAACCCACAUUUAGCUGGGACAUUUCCACUCUUUGUGCCUCAAACUUAUACGAGCACAAAGGAGGAAAGCCAAACUAGAGUACUUUUGCACUCUGGAAGUGCUAUUUUAAUCAUUAGAAAUGUACUUGAUGUGAAUGUAAAUGUAUUUUUAAUGCCCCAAAGUACUGUAAUGAUCAUCCGCGAGUAAUUUAGCAAGACGGACACUGAUGAAACGUGUACUAUUACCCUCUAGUCUACUCUUGUGUGCUGUACUAGUCUUAGAUUUAUAAGCAAUAUUUCUGCAGGCAUUUACUUUGGUUGGACAUUGGUCAGAUGGUCUGUGAGGCCACAGGAACCGCUGUUACUCUGAGAGUAGGGGCGUCAGAGGGCUUCACUGCUAAAGAAGAGCACUGCUCUUAAAACUUUUGUCAAACCCUAUUCUGUUGGGUGAUAGCACAUUCAGAUCACUAGCCACAGUAUACUGUUAGCUUUACAAGGACUAUUUUAAUGUCUCUUAGUCAGUGUCAUUGAUAUUGUACAGUAUUUCCGAUUCACUUGGAAAAACGCUGAGUUGUGAAUAUUAAAUAUGGACCAUCACUAAAAUGAACAAUAAAAAGUUGGUUCUCACGCUGAAA